GGCUGUGACUCUCUGUCUCCCUGCACAAGCAGCUUGUCUCCGGCUCAGUUCUCGUUCCGCCAGCUCGGGCCACCCAGGCGUGAUGGCUUCAGCCACAGCUUGGGUUCCUUUGGCAUCUCUGCUGCUCCUCCUGCUCCUAGUGGCCGGGGCUCCCAGCCAGGCCGGGAGGCUCCACCUCAGCCACGGAAGAUCCCAACACACAAAGCCUGUUUGUACCCAGCCCGUCUACAACUGGUGCUCCUCCUGGGAAAAUUCCCAGAUCUGCGAGACUCCAAAGGAAUGCAGUGCCCUAUGGAGAAAUUCGGAUGCUCCUCCUGUAUCUGUGAAGCUCUUCUACGAAACCUUGUGCCCAGGCUGCCGCUCCUUCCUGUCAAUGAUGCUCUUCCCUACCUGGUUGUUGUUGGGUAAUGAUGUCAUGAACAUAACCCUUGUGCCUUUUGGCAAUGCUCAGGAGACAUCCGUGAAUGGGACCUGGACGUUUACCUGUCAACAUGGGGAGGAUGAGUGUGAAAUCAAUAUGAUUCAGACCUGUGUGUUGUACCUCCUUCAGGAUGACUUUAGUAGUGCCUUUGUCGUGAUCAACUGUAUGUUGUCAUCUUAUAAUGUAGAGACCUCACUGAACCUGUGUCUGAAGCUCUACACCCCUUUCCUUUCUGAGGACGAUAUCAUGAAAUGCGCGAAGGGACCUAUAGGCAAUAGCCUGAUGCAUCAAAAUGCCAUGAUGACAAAUCACCUUUCCCCUCCACAUACAUACACACCUUGGAUUGUGGUGGAAGAAAAACAUUUAGAGAACCCCAGUGGACUCUUAACCAUGGUUUGUCAAUUAUAUCAGGGAGAGAUGCCUGAAGUCUGCAAAAGGAAUGCCUCGUCCAUCACAAAGCAAAUCUUGUAUUGAACACGCAGUGGCCUCGGGUGCAUUAAUGCAGGGCUGGCACACCACCAGUCAUAUACACCAGCAGGUAGCUGGUUCCAUGGAGAGGGAUCAGGGCCCCAGGAGCAGCCCAGAGUUCAUUGUAUCUGGUUACUCAGAUCUUUUUGUAUCCUCCUGACAGGCUCAGGAAAUCUCACCUUCUCCAGUGUUGUUUUUUUAAAAAUAAAAACCUAUUUUUAGAAA